GCCAGGCGUCACACCAGUUUAUAAUAAGGAUCCAAAAAAAGUUGUCGAGUGAACGGAUUGAAAGAAGGAGAGAAAAAAAAAACGGAACCCUUCCCACUCCAAAAAUCACGGGGAGUGACUGUGACAGGAGGAAGGGGACAGAGAGAGCGAGAGAGAGAGAGAGAGAGAGAGGGAGAGAAAUAGGGAGAGUGAGAGAGAGAGCUGAAGAAGUCUUCAGCAGGACCUCAUCACGUUUCUUUCAGGACUGCGCGGACCGGAACGGACCACAAACCAAACACUGAGCUGGACUGAUAAUCAAUCGCUGUGAUUAGCAGCGGAGUGAGAUUUCUUGUCGGAGACUUUUCUUUGGGGAGCAUGAGGCUCGGUUUGCUAUUCAGACUAUAUGUGCUGUGGGGUUUUGUGGUGGUCACGACCUCCAUGACCAAGGCUGCCAAGAAGAAGGUGGCAGGCCGGCGGGCCAGACAGGUGUUUGAGCCUGAGUCUGUUGAGGGGGUGUGGUCUGUCUGGGAGGAGUGGUCAGAAUGCACUCAGACAUGCGGCGUUGGCGUCUCACAGAGGAGCAGGAAGUGUCUACCUCCUCCACCUCCUCAAGCUCCUUCCCUCCCCCACUCUCCGCCUAACUGGGCGGGUUAUCUACCUGGAGGUGUAGGAAGCAUCUCACCUGUGCGCCCUUUCUACCCACCUCGUUACCCAGGGCAACACCCACAAUAUCCCCACUCCCCACAGAUCCCCACAAAUCAUAACCCAGGAUUGUCAUUAUAUCGGGACACUGACGGAGGUGGAGGAGGAAGAGGAGGAGGAGGAGUUCCUGUGCCAGGGCAGGCCAAUCAAUCACCUCCUUUUUACCAGCCAGAGUUCUCCCCAACCGGCCAAGACCACGUGUCUGUGUAUCGAUCCCCGUACCACACUCCAUCACACAGCUAUAACCAGCCAGGACGCAUCAUCAGGAGGCCGACCAAUCCAGGAGCAGCUAGGGCCGGAGGGAGCAGGAGAUCUAUCUCCACCAAUCGAGAGGGUUUGCCUGCGAGGAGGUCUUCCAACAUCCGUCCUGGGCAGUUCGGGUACGGCAGAGUCCCAUUCUCUCUGCCUCUGCAUCGUCCCAACCGCCAGGCUCGUCACACUGCUAACGGCACUGAAGAUGCAACGCCAGAACCUGAACUCACCGCCAGUGAAGACACCACAGAGAACAUCAGGAGAGAGGAGGAUCAGUCAAGGAGUAAUGGAGAAGGGGCAGGAAGGAGCGAGGAGGAGGAGAUCACUGAGGGACCUAUUGAUGAGGAGUCUCCCACAAAGACCACAGCCACAACUGGCAACCCACACCGCCAAGUUGCCAGACCCUCACAGACCAACACAGAGCACAGCAGAGGGAGAGAGCGCGUCCCGCCUUCUCACUCCUUCUCCCGCUCCUCAUCGCCGCCUCUCUCAUCCAGCCGCCACCGCUUUGACUGGCACUCUGUCACCGCCCCGCCUCCUCCCAUCUCUCCUCUCUCCCGCCCGGCUGCUCCUGCUGCUUCUUCACCCUUUUCCACUUCUCUCCACCGGCCUGCUGCUGCUGCUGCUUCUCACAGAGACAGGGAGCAGCACCCAGGCUUCAGCCCUCAGGUCCCACAGGCUGGAAACAUCUACCCACUACAGCACCCACAUAACCCACACCUGGGGGUCGAAUCAGGGAGGGAUGGAGGAAGAGGAGCUGCACAGGUGUACAGAUGCUCUGGGCCAGUGAAGGAGUACCGCAGGUGCUUCUCACAGGUGUGUGGAGGAAGUGCAUUAGACUCCAGAGCGGAGCAGUGUGCAACGUUUAACACCCAGGAGUUCAUGGGUCGCCUCUACAACUGGGAACCUUUCACUGAGGUUGGUGCAGACAAGCAGUGUGAGCUGACCUGCAGACCUGCCGGCUACCGUUUCUAUGUUCGCCAGGCCGAGCGGGUCCGAGAUGGGACCCCGUGCUUCAACGUGAGCACAAACGAUGUGUGUGUAGAAGGACAGUGUCUGACGGAGGGCUGCGAUGGAGUUCUGGGAUCUGGCUCUGUGAUUGACAAGUGUGGAGUGUGCGGUGGGAAGGAAACAUCCUGCCGAAGGGUGGCGGGGAGAUUCCAAAAUGUCACAGUCCCCCUUGGUUACCACAAGAUCCUGGACAUCCCAGCCGGAGCAACAUUCAUCAACAUCACGGAAAGACGAGCAAGCCCGAAUUACCUGGCCAUGAGGAGCGGGACAGGGGCGUCUGUGGUGAAUGGACGUUGGGCUGUGGAUCCACCAGGGGAGUACCAGGCGGGAGGAACCACCUUCACCUACGCUAGACCUAGAGCACAGGCGGAGGGGGAGGAGGAGAAAGGAGAGUCCCUAAGAGCAAGAGGACCCACCACCACCCAGCUACUGCUAUAUAUCAUUUUCCACAAGGAGAACCCGGGCAUCAACUAUGAGUUUUAUGUCCCCGUGGAGAAGACUGAAGGAGAGAGGGAGAGGCUGACAGAGAGAGAGAGGGAGCCACCCAGAGAGGCACCCAGAGAGAGGCUGAGGGAGCGAGAGCCAGGAAGGGCACCCCUACGUAGUCCUCUCACUGUGUCGGUUGAGAACCCUCCUCAUGCUCCACCUCCUCUUUCACUCCCUUCUUUCCCCUCACACACCCCUGACCGCUGGGCACCCGAGAGGUCCCGACCUCGGGGUUCUGCGCCCAACAGGAAUGCUCGGAUCCCUCCUCGCACUGACCUGCCGCCUGACACUCAGCCUCCGUUUGUGUGGAGGAGAGGUGAACUCACAGAGUGUUCUGUUUCCUGCGGCAAAGGUUACCAGCACAGAGUCCUUCUAUGUAUAGAUCGGCACAACGACGAGGAAGUCCCUGAGAGAAAAUGUGACUCUGCAGCCAAACCUGUCCCUGAGGAGGAGCCGUGUAACACACACCCUUGCCCACCAUUCUGGGAGGCGAGUUCGUGGUCAGAGUGCAGCGUGUCCUGUGGCCCCGGGUUGCAGCAGCGGCAGCUCCAGUGCAGGCAGAGCUUUGGGAACCGCUCCACCAUGGUCCACCCACAGCGCUGUGCCAACCUCACCCCACCAGACUCCACACAGGCGUGUCAGCUCACUCUCUGCUCCCACUGGGAGGUCAGCUCUGACUGGAGCACGUGCUCAGUGGACUGUGGAGUUGGCAGGAGGACGAGGAGUGUGCACUGUGUCAGCGAUCAAGGCGCCGUGGUGAACGACAAGGAGUGCAACACCAGAGCUCGACCACAGGGAAGCGAGGAGUGCAACAUGGGCCCGUGUGUAACAAACUGGUACUUUACUGGCUGGUCCAACACUUGUUCAGCGCAGUGUGGCCCUGGGGUGCAGAAGAGGGAGGUGGUGUGUCUGACUCGAGGAGGGGUGAGAGAGGGUGAAGGAAGUGGGGACUGUGUUGGGGACAAGCCAGCAGAGAUGAAGGCCUGCAACGGAGGUCCCUGUGUGUCCACUACCAUGUGGUACAGCAGCCCCUGGACACAGUGUAAUGUCCUCUGUGGGAAUGGAACUCAGCGUCGAGACAUCAUUUGCGUCCAGAAAACGGGGAAUGAUUUGACAAUUGCACCAGCCAGUGAGUGUGCUAAUCUGGACAAACCUGCUGCGGUGCAGCAGUGUGAGAUGGGAGAGUGUCAGCCGCAGUGGUUCACAACAGAGUGGAGCGCAUGCUCACGUUCUUGUGGAAAAGGCUUACAAAUGAGGGAAGUACGGUGUCUGACAACGGACAAAAAGCACAGCCAUGAAUGUGAUCCCAGCACAAAAUCUGACCAGGAGCAAACUUGCAACACGAUACCCUGCAGUCCACAGGUCGCAGAUGAAAACUGCAGAGACAGACGCCAUAACUGUGUGACGGUGGUUCAGGCCAGGCUGUGUGUCUACUCCUACUACAAAACUGCCUGUUGUGCUUCCUGUACCCACAGCGCACAGCGCGCCAAGAGGCACUGACCCACCAAUCAAAGACAGCCCAGGUGUGCGAGAGGCAGGGAUUAGGUUCAAAGGGCUCAUCAAGUUCUGAAUGACAUGGACAGCCCAGGGUAGACUUGAUCCCUGAGACAGUCAACAUUUAGCUAUUUUCUCCCGAUUCUUCAGGGAAAACACUGUGAAAGCAGGCGGUUUCUUUUUUCCAGUUUUCAUUAUGCUGUUUAUAUUGUCUUUUAGAUCCACAUCCCCCACUGGUCUGCUCCUUUUUCUUUAUGCAGUAGCUUUACAUGUAUCACGCAGGGCUGAGUGAUGCAUUUGCUGUCAAUUCACAUCUUUUCUUUGGCUAAGAGAUUGUAAUGAAAGGUGCUCCCUGAGGACACAGCUGUGUUUCAGCAGCAAAAUUAGCUUUUUUCUCAUAUCCUCUCUUAUUUACAAGGACUUAAAACAGAUGUAACCAGACAUGCAUACCACUAAUCAUGAAAAAAAACUGUGCUGAACAAAUAAUUAGCAUGUGUGCUAGAUAAACUGUGUAAUAACGUGUGCUGACACUGAAAAUCUACAGUGGCCACCCCACAACUAAGCUAGAAGGAUUUCAUUUAUAAAUUGUUUUUCUUUUUCUUUUUCUGUUCUGCCAAAAAAAAAAAAAACAUCAUGAAGUGUUCUCUUAUUGUUCACUUCAGUGCUGGGAUAAAUGAACCAAAGGUGUGGGGCAAUCAUGGCAGUAUGUGACCAAAUAUAUCAGGGCAGUAAGAGAUGAGAUUCUUCCCACACAGGAAGCUUACAGAUAUGGAUUUUAAAACCAGAAACAUAGACGCUGUACACUCCUUCAAUGUUGACAUGUCAGUUAAACACAUCUGUAGGCCUUUUGAAGAAGAGCUGCUGAAGCUAGCUUUAUUAGACUAAGUGCCUGAUAAGAUUUGUAAAAAGAAAAAUACAUGAUACACAGGUGAUGUUCUACCCCUUUUUUUAUGUCAACAAAUUACAAAAACAUCUUUUGACUUCCCGGUCAUUCUCUUGCACUCGGCCCCGAACCCAAUUUGUUCCUACUAAUGUUGGAAAUCUCUGACGAUGGCAUAAUUAUAUAAUUAGAAUAUUUUUCCAAAGCUGCAGAAAAACUGUAGUUUUAAGCAAACAUUACUCAAACAGAGAAACACUUGUUAUUGUAAGGGACUUCUUUCUCCCACAGAUUAAUACACAUCAGUGCAUAUUAAUGUCAUCAGGGCUGUGUAAAUGGAGUUGAGUGUAAGCAACUACUGUGCUCAUGUUCCUGUCAGUAAUACAGAACCCAGUGCAAGAGUGUGACCCUUUAGUGUUUUUUCACAUUUUGGAAACAGUGCUGCUCUAGAGCUUUAUAAGCUACAUGGCUGGUUUUGAAUUUGUCAUGCAUUGUCUUGACAUCACAAAAAUACAGAAUGCAUGCCCUCUGACCAUGAACUUGGCAAUGCACACAUUUGUAAAAGUGAUUCACUCCUGGCUGACCUAAUUUUAUAUUUUGAGUGAUCACGUCACUGUUACGACUGCGUUUACGUAUCUAAAGAAGAACUUCACGUCCUCCCUGUUUUCCCACCUCAUCUCUAUAUAUAUUUCAUGUGGCUCCAUCAUUUUCUUUUUGGGAGGGGAUGAUGAAUCUGUCCUAUGAGAGUAGGUGAAGCCUUAAUUAGUGUGGAAAAAAUGCUGCUUUCUGUCAACAGCUUUUUGAUGGAGCAGCUCAUCAUACUGAUCAAAUGCAAUCAUUAUUCUUUGACCUGAAAGUAAAUAUUCCACAUUCUGAGAAACAA